AACUAAGAAGAAAAAAGAAUUAGUAAAGAGAACUAGAAUGAACAUGAAAGAAGAAAAAAGAACUUAUCUAAUAGCAAGACCACCGGUUCCAUUUCUAGCGGCAUUUCGUUUUCCAAACCUACAAGAAAAAAGAAUUA